AGCUGGGCGCAGCUGGUCCCCGUCUCCCCUCCCCCUUCCCUUCUCCAGCUGAUUUCCCGGCCCCGCCAUGUCCCAGAAACAAGAAGAGGAGAACCCUGCGGAGGAGACCGGAGAGGAGAAGCAGGACACACAGGAGAAAGAAGGUAUUCUCCCCGAGAGAGCUGAGGAGGCAAAGCUGAAGGCCAAAUACCCCAGCCUCGGACAAAAGCCUGGCGGCUCCGACUUCCUCAUGAAGAGACUCCAGAAAGGGCAAAAGUACUUUGACUCAGGAGACUACAACAUGGCCAAAGCCAAGAUGAAGAAUAAGCAGCUGCCCAGUGCGGGAGCAGACAAGAACCUGGUGACUGGCGACCACAUCCCCACCCCACAGGACCUACCCCAGAGAAAGUCCUCGCUCGUCACCAGCAAGCUUGCGGGCGGCCAAGUUGAAUGAUGCUGCCUGGGGCCCCACCGAUCCUGAGACGCUGUCCCCCCCGGCUCCUGUGCUGGCUCCUGCCCCCCUUGUUUUUGCAGCCAGGGGUGAUGGGGGGCGCGGGGCGGACUCAGGCCGGGGAGGUGAGGCCCUGCCUGCUGGUGCCCCGGCACAGGGAGCCCCUUGGGCUGAGCACCAAGACCUUGAACCUUUUUUGUUUCACCUUUUUUCCAGUUAACUGUUUGCAGAAACCUCAGUGGAAUUCUGGGCUGGG